AUUAGCUCAUCCAAACGUUUUCAACAGCGUUUUGUUUUAUUUCAUAAAUAAAACUUCCCACCGACUUUCUUGACAAACAUGGCCUCGUUUGUCAAGUCCAUAGUGCUCCUGGCCUCCUUGGCCACCUUUGCGUACUCCCUGUACGUGGUGGGGCUCCUGAUGCUGUUCCUGUCGACGCCUCGCUCGAUUUCGAAGGCCCACACCUGGAUUUUCAAUUUGCUGGACAACAAGUCGCGCCUGGAGACCGCCUAUGGACCCGUGGUGUUCGACACCCUCUACCUGAUCGGAUUCAUCUUCCAGCACAGCUUCCUCAAGUCAGCGCUGGUCAAGAAACUGCUGGCCAACUUGGGCUUGUCGGGGGCCGAGCGUACUAUUUAUAGCCUGACGUCAUCGCUUUGUUUACAUUAUUUGAUUGUAAACUGGCUGCCCGCAAAGUCGAUUGUCCUGUGGCAAGUCAACGUGGACGAGAGUGCUCCCCUUUGGUGGACCUUUGUCGUCACCCACGGUGUCUGCUGGGUGGUGAUCUUUGGCGGCACCUUGGUGAUGGAUCUUCCGGAGCUGCUGGGCAUCAAGCAGGCCUACUAUGAUCUGAAGUCCUAUGGACCGCCGCUUAACUACAAAUCAAAGGAACUGCGCAAUCUCUAUGCCCAUGUAAGGCAUCCCUCGUUCGUUGGCCUUUCGGUCAUCCUGUUCGCCACCAAUGUUAUGAGCGUGGAUCGCCUGGUCAUGGCACUGCUGCUGACCACCUACAUGUACCUGGCCUGGUCCACGGAUCAGAAGGAUGUGGCCUACCAGAAGCUUCAGCUGCAGCGCAAGAAACUCGAACUGAAGGCUCAGUAAACUUAAUCUCCCUAAUGUUCUCACUAAGAAUAAGUAGUAAUGUGACACGAGUUUGUAUUAAAUAAGAGUUUUCUAACACUUUUA